CAAAAUUCCUCAGCAUUAUGACAGUCAUUUAGUUCACAAUACAUUUAGAUUGCUUCGAUAAAGGGGAGUGCGUUCAUGGCACCUUCGAUACAUCUGGGGAUGUUUGCGGAUGUGUGUGUGAGAACUUAUGGCAAGGAAGAACCUGUAACGUAUGUAAUCCAUCUGAGUGUAAAAAUGGCGGAGUUUGGAACUCAGCCAGUUGCAAGUGCGAUUGUUCGGGAAUUUGGGGCGGCGCGGAUUGUUCUGUUAAUUGUACUGUUGGUGAUCCGGCUAAGUGGCCGUGUGGUUCUGUCAGUGAGACGGAAUUCACAUACUCGUGCCCGAAUAGAUGGUUUAGAAACCAAUGCAGUGCAACCUGUUAUCCAAAGUGCAUGAAAAUGUAUCUUAAAG